CUGGCGCGCGCUGGCCGCUUCGACGGGCCGGCAGCCGGAAAGUGAUGGUUAAAAAAAUUACAACGUUCAACCGGGACGGGUGUGUGUCUGUCCGCGUAGCGCGCGUGUUCGAGUUUUAAGGUGGUACAGCACCUCGCUGCCCUUCGAACUGUACGGAACGGCGUGUGUUGAAAGCGUUUACUCUCGGUGCGAUUUACGCGAUCGUUUUGUGUAGUGAGUCACAGUUUUGAAAAUAAAAAAUCAAAAAAUCUAAUCAAAUACUCACUGAAAGUAAAUUGGCGAAGAGCUCCUUUUGUGAAGAGCACCCUCGAGUUUUGUGUGCAAAAUAAAAAGGCAAAAACACAAAUAUAAGUGAUUUAAAAUUGAAAAAAAAUCGAGCAUUAAAACGUUGUCACUCGACUUCAGCUUGAUCGAGUUUCUCGUUUGCGUUAGUUUUCCUUUUUCCCAAUGUCUGUGGCAUAAAAGCUCGCGCAAAGGUAAAAUAAAGGUGAGCACAGCAGUGUGCCACUGUAAGAGAAAAAGGAUCCAAAGAAGAAAAUCAAUACAAAAAUAGUGGAACCAGAAAAAAAGGUUAUCGUUCCAAAAAGUUUUCAAGAGGGAGAAAAUAAAAAAAAAACAGCAGACGACGAACCUCCAUCGGAAGAGUGAAAAACCCGCCUAAAGCGUAAUAUUUCCCACUGCUUGUGUUUGUGUGUGCGUAUUAGUAUUUGUACGCCUAAAAAAAGGGCAAAGAAGGAUCCUGCUUUCCUCCAGCAGGCCUCUUCGUUCGUGUAGUAACCAAGUGGCAAGUUGUGUUGUGGCGCUCCCGCCGGUGUGUGUGUGUGUAUGUGUUGCGUCGGGAUGUGCGUUAAUGUUGCCGUAAAAUAAAUAAUAAUAAUAGUAAUCAUCCCUACUACUACUACUACACCGCGCAAAGAACCACACAAAAGCUUUUCCUUCUUCCGUCGAGAGAAGGCGUCGUUCAUUUUUCCGGGCCCGGUGAGCGACCCGCGCGUGUGUGUGUGUUUCUGUGUCCAAAAAGGAUCGAAAAAAGCUUCCGUUUUUUGUUGUCUCCCCGUGUCCGGUGGGGGGGGUGUUUGUGUCCAUGAAGCGAAGGGGAGAACCGGAAUCCUCGACGGGAUAACAGUCUCUCGCCCUUCGGAAUGUGACGGCGCUGCUCGUGUGUGUGUGCGUGGUUGCGUGUGUGUGGUGUGCAAGAGCAAUCCACUCCACCAGUGAAGGAAGGAAGUUCAUUUUUUGGAGUGUGCGUGUGUAUGUAUUUGUGUGUGCCUCGUUCGAUGAGGUUUGUUUGUCGUUUGCUCCCCCCGCCAAAGGGGACGAAUUGCGUGCCGUAAGCUAAUAAAUUAGAAAUUGAAUGAAAAUUAGUCCCAACUCGGGGACGAAGGGAAGGUGAAAAUACAGGCAGAAGAGAAAAAGGGGGAAAAAAAGAAGUUUCUCCAUCACCCACCUGGUCACCGGGUGUGCAAGAAGUCACCCGAAUAAUAAAAGGGCCGAUUGUUAUUGGCGGCCGCCGGGCGCGCCCGGUCUUUCGGUGUUGUUGCGGUGCGUGCGUGCGUUCUGUUUGUGCGUGAGUGUGUGUGUGUGUUUGUGGUCUUUAAUUUUGGAAGGGCGCCCCUGCAAAGGAGGCGUGAUCAUCUCUCCACACACGAGUGUGUAAACGAGUGCAUUUUGGGCGUUGUGCGUGCAAUUGCGUGAAUUGCGUCUAAACACACCUCCAUCACACAUGAUCGGGCCCGGUAUCGCGUAAGAAAGGGAUUGUACGCGAAUAUAAGAAGAAAAAACAAGCAAUAAAAGCAAAGAUUGAAUCACGGUUCAACUCCAUUGGAAGUGGUUUUUGCGUGUGGUGAAAUCGGUAAAAGACGCGUGGUAAAAAACGAUCGCGGGCCAACGCGAAUAUUCCUCAAGCUUUGUUUUGAAUAAUAGCGUCAAACACGACUUCGAAGGAUAGAUCGUCCGGUACUGGCGGCGUUCCCACCGACACCAACGGCAUCCGGUACCGCUUAAACAGUUCUCAUGGGCCACCGUGGCGGAAAAUUGCCGCCGCGAUGUCCACACUUACCAACAACGCCAAUAACAGCAGCAGCAGCAACAACAACAGCAACAAUAACAACAACAGCAGUAGCAACAACACUAACAACAACAACAACAGCAUCGCUAGCUACUAUCAGCAGUACAUCCAGCACUAUCAACUGUCGCCCCAGGGGGGGACCGCACCGCCAUCCGCCGGUGGUUCACCGACGGUCACGAGUAUCAACAACAACAACAACAACAACGGUCCCACAUCCGACAACAUACACACCAUCAACAACAACAACAACAUUAGCACCAGCAGUAGCAGCACCAGCAGCAACCAAAGCCAGCCGACGACGGCGGCUAAUACCGGCAGUGGCGGCGGCGGCGGCGUCGUCGGUGGGAUUCUGGGCGUGCGAGAAGUUAGCGCCAAGCUGUUCCUACCAUUUGCCCGCGCGAAGAUGAUGCACUCGUCGUCGUCCGCUGCCUCGACACCGGCCAAGGACCAGCACCAGCCCGGCACGCCGCUAGACGGCACGUCGAUGGCCGGCAUGAAUGCGACGCCGACCGGCACGCCAUCGGCAACGCCGAGCACGACGACGGGCGGCAGCAGUGCCGGCAUGUCCGGGGCGGGCCGCGCCUCGUCGCUGAUCAUACCGAAGGCGCUGAACGUGGUGCUGCACGGGUACCACCGGAAGCACAAGACGAACAAGAAGAAGUACUUCGUCGUGUACGGGGACGUGCCGGGCAAGGCGGCCCGGCUCGAGUACUUCGACAGCGAGAAAAAGUUCAAGCAAUCGUUCCAGAAGGGCAGUGCCGGCUGCGACGGGGGCACCCAGCCGAAGCGCACCAUCGUGCUGCGCACCUGCUUCAACAUCAACAAGCGGCACGACCUGAAGAAGCAGAUCAUCUCGCUGUACACCAAGGACGACAGCUUCUGCAUCGUGUUCGAGAGCGAGGAGGAGCUGAACCUGUGGCUGCGGACGCUGCUGCGGCUGCAGCGCGGCGAAGACUCGGAGGGCGAUCCGCCACGGCCCACAUUCGAGCACGUUUGGGAAGUGUACGUGCAGCGCAAGGGGCUCGGCGACAGUUACGGCAUCCUGGGCAACUAUCGGCUCUGCAUCACCGACAAAACCCUAUCGCUGGUCCGCAUCGGAUCGGAACUGACGCCGCACCAGGAGAAGCGGGCCGAAAAUGUCGAGUUUCUGCUGGCAUCGGUACGAAGAUGUGGGCAUUCACAGCGCUACUUUUACCUGGAGGUUGGCCGCAGCUCCAAAACGGGAGCGGGCGAAAUCUGGAUGGAGGUGCAGGAUUCCAUCAUCGCGCAAAACAUGUACACCACCAUCAUGAAGUCGGCAAAGAGUAAGGACGAUAACCUCGGUCCCAUGAUACGGAUACGAUCGUCGUCGGCGAACGCCGCCUCGAAGCCAACGUCGAUGCUAUUCCGCCGCCAGACGCACACCGGCCAGAAACCGAUCAACUGCUCCCCGUCUAGCGAGGAUCAGUCGAACAAUGGGCAGAACUCGGAAUCGUCGUCGUCGGCCACCAGCGUCAAUACGGUCGUGCUGGUCGGCUCGCCGCCGAAAGCAGGCACCUCCGCCGGCCUGCCGUACAGUGCUGGUGCACCGGGCGCGAAACCGCGCCCGCCAGUCGUAGCGAACCCUAGCCUGCCAGCCUGUGCCGAAAACUCCUCCUCCCUCAACACCUCGACCACUUGCACCAUUACCACUGCUGCUUGUACCUCUACCACUGCUGCCGCCGCCGCCACCGCCUGUUCGUCGUCGUUCGUCGGUCCGUUCCAAUCCUCCUCCGAUUCGUCCUAUCACGCACCGAUGAUCGUUCCGUUUGCGGGCAUUACACCUGCCGUGAGCACUGGGAAUGUCGUCGCCUCGACGCCGGCUGCCAUGUUCAGCAGCAACUCGUCGCUAGCGAGCAUCGGGUCCUGCUCGCCAAGCGAUGCGUACGUCCCGCUGGUGCCACCGGGUCACGCCAGUACCAGCCAAGCUUCCGGCGGCGGUGGUGGUGGUGGUGUGCCUACUCGCGGUGGUUUAGUUGGGUCACCGCGGCUCGGUGUCACUGCCCAAUCGCCAAACUAUCGCCGGACGACGUCGGUGAAGAAAUCGGCUGGCAGUGACGCUGGCGGUGGCAGCACCACUUCCCCCCUGCAGGCAACCCGCAGCCAUCAAACGUCCCGUCACUACCAUCAGCAGCAGCUUCCUUCCACCUCCUCCCACCAUUCCCAUCAUCCCACGCACCUGCCACAUCCUCCUCCACCGCAUCAUCCCGCUCCCUAUCCGCACCAUGGCACGCAGGCAGUGGCAACCGGGGCAGUAGUUGGGCCACACCCGGCCACACCGAGUGUCGUUAGUAGUAGCGGCUGCUGCAGCAUCGGCGGCAGCAGCAGCAGCAUCGUGAGCAACAGGAGCAGCAGCAACUACAGUAGCAACAGUAGCAGCACCAGCACGAUCGCCGUUACCAAUGAGUUUUCGUCCUCCUCGACUGACCAUGUGUCUUCCGGCUUGUCCGCGGUGGCCAAUAUGUCCUCGCCCGCGGCAAUGGGAAACUCGACGACAGCGGCAAUGAUGAUGCUACCACCGUCGCCCUCCGCCUCGAUGAGCAAGUUCCACCAUUACGCCAGUACGCGGCAGGGCGGCAAGGAGGUGCCCGGCAGUGGCGGUGGCAUCACGCUCAGCAAUCUGCUCGCCACCAUCACCCACUCGCUCGUAGGGGUUGGUGGUGGUGGCGCUGGCAGUGGUGCAGCCAACGGUGAUAGUGGCCCGCUGGCGACGGCCAACGGUGGCAGUGGGGGCAGCGGGGGCAGCUCUUCCGGUGGAAGCUUUUCCAACUUUUCCACCUCGUCCAGAUCGUCGUCCCGCUGCUCCUCGACGGUUAGCAUACAGACCGUCGCGACCGUGCCGCUGAUGGGGCCACCGCCACCACCGCCACCACCGCUGCCGCCACUGGAGCAGCCGGCCCUGUGCGGGGUGCGGCGGCGUCACACGCGCAGCCUUAGCCACCAUUCGGCCAAUGCCAUCUACCUCACCGGUGCAAAGCCGCUGCGACGUUUGCGCAGCACGCUGCGACGCCAUUCCGUCUCAGUUACAUCCGCAUCCGCCACAGCCGGGGUGGUGUUCCAUCAAAGAGCUUUAUCAUUGCCAAGCGCUCCCAUGUUAGGCCAUUCCCCUCAUAGCAAUACGCAUCAUUUGGGCGCACUCCAUGCGCACUCCGGCGGUAGUGGUAGUAGCGUCCGGUCCUCCUCCCAGUGCAGCGUCGUUGCGGCCGUCGCUGCCGGUACGCAGGGUGGGCUGCUUCCUUCCGCCACCGGCGGUUCGCAGCACAUUGUCACGCUCUCGACGUCGCUGUCGUCAUCGUCCGCCUCGUGCGCCGGCACCGGGACGAUCCAGCCGGUGCACCAUCGUACCCGCUCACUGCCCCUGACCGAAGAGUCGGCCAUUCGCCUGACGGCCGAACACUACCGGCAGGGUGGUGGCGGAUGGUGGCAGCCCCACCAUCACGCCCCUUCCUCACUCUCGCACUACAAUCAUCUGCAGCAGCCGCACUGUUCCUCCGCUGCCGGUGCAUCGAACCACCGGAAAUCAUCGUCGGCGUACCUGCCCGCACCACCAACCUUCUCGCCGAUCGGGUGCAGUAGUGCGCAGUGUCCGAUGCACGCCGGUGGUCCGAACGGGGGAGGCGGAUGGUCACCGCCCGUGUCGGAUGUGCUCUGCACGUCGCCGCCCCAUCGCCACCAGUACGAGCUGUCGCCGGAAGGACCGCAGCCGUUCGCAAGCCUCGUCCCGUCGCGCAGCUCGAUGGAGAGCAUUAUCGAGGAUCAGCGCUACCUGCCGAUGGAUCUGAAGAAGCCGGCGGGCGAGGAGACGCCGGAACCACCGCUACCACCUGCGCUGCCGGCGGGCAGUCAGCUGACGCUGAUCAGCCGGCUGCUGCGCAGCAGCAAUCUGCAGCAGCAUGCGUCCACCUCCUCGGCUGGGUCUGGGUCCGGGUCCGCCUCCUCCCCAGGCACCACGUUGUCCGCUGGCAAGAUCGGUCUGCUAGGGCUGAAGAUGGCGAUGAUGGCGGAGGGCCGCGGGUCCGCCUCCUCGAACGGUGGCUGCUGUAGUUGUAGUAGUCCCUCGCAGUCGCAGUGCAGUAGCGGUAGCAAUUGCCUUCAGGCCAUUAGUAGCAAUUCCACCACCAAUACCACCACCAUCACCACCACCACCUCUAGUUCCCAUAAGAGCACGAACGGUUCCUCGCCGGCGGCGCUGCGCCGCCUGAGCGCUGGCCGCACUGCCAGCGGUACGAUCAGCAGGAGUGUUGCCAUUGCGCGCGAACGCUGCGACAGUCUUCCAUCGCGAAAUCGAACGACUAGCGAAACGAUGCCACACCAGCAACAACAGCAACAACAACACCUCCUAAACCAGCAACAACAGCAGCAGCACCACCAUCAGCUGAUGCUGAACAGUGGCAGCAUGCCACCGCCUCGCAUGAUCCCGAGCAGCAACCGGCCACACUCGGUGCACAUCAGCCACAGCCACAGCCCGCCGGUCAACUCGUCCCCGCUGAGCCCGCCGCCACCGGCCACCUACUCGACCGGUUCGGACGGUUCGUCGCUUAGCAUCGACGAGUCGACGGACAGCUUCAUCACCGGCUCGCUGACGCCCGAUGAAGGCCAGGGCUAUCCUAAGGUCAUUAAUCAACUCAACUCGGGCUGCUCGAUACCGGAGGAAAACUCGGAAGAGUUCAUCAAGGACUACGGCCACAUCGAUCUGAGCGCAGCAGGCUGCGGCAUCUCCCAGCACGAUGACUUCGCAGUGCCGCAGACGCAUCACACUGCUGCACCGACCAGCAACGCCACGCCCAUCCUCGCCGGCAGUAGUAGUAGUAGUAGCGCAGUAGGCAGAGUUGGCCACCCGCAUCAUAAUUCCCUCUCGCUUCCCAUAUCGCAGGCGGCGCGGCGCGGUGGCAGCCCAGCGCCCCCGUCGACGGUCGGUUCGGUCGAGGGCAGCGCGUACAUGGAGAUGUGCAGCCCGAGCGGCAGCUCGCCCGGCGACCCGUCCGGCAGCUGCUACAUGGCCAUGUCCCCGGUGGCGGACUUUUCCCGCGGGCUCUGCUCCAGCUCGAGUGCACAUAGCCGUGCGUCUAGCCUGGCGGAGGACAUCGUGGACGGGUACGUGCCGAUGAGUAUGCCCCGCACGGCAGCAGCAGCACCAGCCGCACCACCAACGGAAGAGUACAUGCUGAUGGACCCGACGCUUAACGGUGGUGGCACCAGCAGCCGGCUCUCGAACGCAACGGCCGCCAGCAACAACGCGGGCAGCAGCAUCAUCGGUGGCGGUGGCAUGUCGUCGGCCGCUUCGAGCUGCAGCAUCACGUCCGGCACCCCGUCGGCCGAUUUGCGCCUGUCGCUCGAGAAAGUGCCGGCGUACAUUGGGCAGAGCGACGAGCACGAGGUGAACGAUCGCCCGUUCCGGACGUACUCGGUCGGCAGCCGGCCGGAGCUGAUCAAGCGCAAGCUGCGCGUGGAGAUGCUCAGCUCGGGCGAAAGCUCCGUGGGCGGAUCGUCGGCCGGCGGGUCGGCCAGCUCGCGCCAGCGCGCCUUUUCCGUCGGGUCGCGCGCCAAGGUGCCCCGGUGCUCGGACGUGUACAAGGGAUACUCGGCGGCGCCCGUCAUUGUGUCGUUUGCGUCGACCAGCUCGCAGGGCAGCAUGCUGGAGAGCAGCAACAACAAUAGCUCGAGCAGCACGAGCAGCAUUUCGCACGCGGGCAGCUACGGUGCCUCGAUCGGGGACACGCUGCCGAUGGAUGAGCUGGCCGGUGGUGGUAGCGCUGGGGGUAGCAGUAUGGGCCGGAAGUCAGGCAGUGGAUCGCUGCUGCCGGACGGGGCCGGUGGCGGCAAGCCACCCUCGCACGGCGGUUCCCACGGGCGGAUGAGCGAUCUGAUGGAGAUUGAUUAUUCGUCGCCACGGCAGCAGCCGGCACGACCGUCGACGAGGAGCAGCGAACCGUCGGGCAUGGAGGACUAUCUCGACAUGUCCGGCAACAACAACGAGGAGGAGCAGCGGGCAAGGGGCCAGGGUGCGACGUCCUCGGGCUACGUCGAGAUGCGCCCCGGCCGGCUCAACUCCCAGUCGGAGGAGAACGAUUACCUGAACAUGACACCGGGCGGCGGUGGGCGCGACGAGCCCGACUGCUGUCCGGCUGCCGCCAGCAUUGCGACCAGCUCCCCCAUCCAGAUACAGCACCACGCGAAACAGCCGGCCGACGGUGCCGGCAGUGCGCACAGCAGCAGCAGCAACAACAACAACAACAACAACUACCUCGAAAUGUACCCCCGGGCGGCGGUGGCGCAGAAGGAGCAGAAGCGAACUGCCAGCGCCGCGUCGACCUCCACCACCACCACUGCUACGAAAGUACCUUCGGAAGAUUACCUGAACAUGGCGCCGCUAAUGAUCAGCUCGCUGGGCGAGGCGAGCGGCAGCGAGGAGGAGAAGAUGCACGGACCGGACGAGGAGCCGCUGCUCGAGUCGUCCAGCGCACCGCCGGACGGCUACAUGGAGAUGUCCUGGAACCAUCACGGCCCGGUGACGGCGGCCGGUCCCGUCUCUUCCUCCGCCUCCUCCUCGGCCACCUCGUCCGCCCGUACCGUGCCAACGAAUGGGGGAGACGACUACAUGAACAUGUCGUGUGGAAGCGGCUCCCAGUCGGAGGACGCAUCGCGCACGUACUCCGCACCGAUCACCAUCCAACCGGGUGCGGGCAAAUGUCGGCUCGAUCUGAGCGGCGAAUCGAAGGUGGAGGCGGGCGCCAACAUCCCCAACUAUCUGCCGCUGGGGCAGCAUCCGGAUGCGCGCAAAUCGGUCCACCAUCCGCACCACCAGUCCGCGAUGAUUGUGGCACUGCAGCAGCAUCUGCCGCUGGCAGCACAGGCACCGAUCCAAACGACCACGGGACAGCAGAGCGGCUCGAUCGGCUUCAGCCCGUCGAAGCCGGCGGAAACCACCCCCGAGCGGGCGCGGUGUGACUCGCGCGACAGUGGCAUCGUGACACCUUCCGGCAGCCAGCCCACCAUCUUCCCGUUCAGCCCGGCGAGCCCCACGAAACCGUUCGCGCCGGCCCAGGACGAACCGAUGGGCGGCGAGUCGCUGGACGAUUUGAGCCAAAACUAUGCCGAGCUGAGUCUUGGCCGGCAGCAGCAGCAGCAGCUUCAGCAGGCGCAAACAGAACCCUCGCCCGCCAUUCGCAAGCUUUCCACCGGGAGCAAUCGGGGCUCGGGAUCGUUCAGCAAGCUGCAGCUAGUGGCAAGCCAGCCCGACUACGUCAACUACUGCCCGGCGACACCGCCGAUUAGCGGCGAUGUGGCGCCACCGGCGAGCAACAUGCCGCUGAACGUGUUGCCGUCGGCACAGAGUCGAACCCGCAGCAGCAUCGACGAUGAUGGAGCGGGCGAUUAUGCGCUCAUGAACCCGGCCAGCUCGCGCAAACUCUCCACCACGUCGAUGGGCUCGAUGGGAGGCGCAAGCCUAUCACCGGCCGGUGUCGUCCCGCCGGGCUCGAGCGCAGUGGGAAGCAUCACUCCACCGGUGCUGGUUGCCCGCAAAUCCACGCUGCUCCUGUCCAGCCCACAGAUGGGCUUCAAACCGAUCGCUUCGUCGCAGGACGCGGAACUGCUGCUGCAAAGCAAGGCGGUACCACACGCUACCGCCAACUCGCCGAAAGCGCUCAACCUUGGCCGACGGACGGGUGAGCCAGCGUUUAGCUUCACCGAGCAGCAGCAGCAGCAGAUGGCCCCGCUGCAGCGCAGCAUCUCUACCGGGACGCGCCCGAACAGCGUCAACAGUGAGCUGAUCGGCCGGCCAAUCGGUACACCGGCCGGCCCGUCCACCCCCGGUGCGGCGUCCCACAGCAGCACCAUCGCGGCCGGCAGCACGCGGCCCAGCUCGGCCAACAGCGAGCGGCUGCCCGUCAUAUCAGCUACCUCAUCGUCCGCCUCGUCCACGUCGACGCUGUGCGAAAGCAAAAACCAAAGCCCGUCCGCCUCGAGCACGGCGCUCGCCAUGGUGGUGGGCAGCAGUACCACCACCAGCCCCCCGAGUGUGCCCGGUUCGCGCCCGGACUCGGUCAGCUCGAUUACCGAUCCGCACAUUGUCUCCCGCCCACCGUCCGUCAGCUCGGAGCGUGAGCUGCACUACGCUAGUCUCGAUCUGCCACCGUGCAGCAGCAGUGGUAAGCAAGCGGUCGCUGCCUCACCGUUUGCACCCGGCACGAUGAUGCUGCUGGCGGCGGCGGCCGCUGCGACAACGCCCGCAGCGACCAGCAGUGCCGCCGCACCGGUUACCAAGAUGGACGUCGACGAACCACUGCCCGGGUCGAGCGAAGCGCGCACCUCGAUCGACUCUUCCAGCCCUAGUCCAACGACGACGGCCGGUCUGCAGCAGCAGCAGCAACCGGUGCGCUGUGCCGCCUUCACCUACGCGCAGAUCGACUUUGUGCGAUCGCAGGCGCAAAGCCAACAGGGACAGACCGGUGCGGGACCGGCCGGUGCCAAUGGACCGACCGGUAGCAACACCACCACCACAACCAACACACCACCACAGUCGUCACAAGCGUAGUAGUUAACCGCGCACAGUGUCCACGAUUGGGUGUAAUUUUCGCAUUGAAAUUUACGUUUUCGUUUGUUUUUGUGUGGUUUAGCGUUUUUGUUUUCCUUUUUAGUUUAUAGCAUUGUUAUUUUCUACGUAGAAAAGUGUGUGCGUGUGUGUGUGUCCGUGAAAGAGGAGGCAGCGGGGGGGAUUUGCUUUCUAAACUUUGAGUCUCUUGAGUAACACCAAUAUUUGUUGCAGCGCAAAACAAAAAAUGCAAAACGCGAAACUCUUCUUCCACCCCCGGUCCCGGUAGCUGGUAUGGUACCUCACACUUGAGGUGCUGUAGAGCAAUUGUAAAGUAGCAACGUGUACAGAAGGAUUAUUGUAAGAGAAAACGGGAAAGUAAGAAAGAUGCAAAAAAGCAUAGAAAAAUGAAGAAGAAGAAACGCAAAUAAAAACCUCACUUCUGUUCUGUGCAAAGAAAAGUUAAAACUCUACAACAAAAAGACGGACAAGACCAUGGGAAUGAAAAAUGAACCGAAAACUGCCAAUACAAUUACACUAAGCGCGCGAAAACAUAAAAAGGAGGAAAAAAAGAAUGUAAAAGAAAGGGCAAUUUUUUGCAAAUUGUGAAAAAGAAAAUGAAGCCCAAUCUAUUUAUAUACAGACACAACAAAACAGAAACGGGAAGAGGAAAGAAAAAGAAAGAAAAACAAGCGUGCAAACCUCACUCAUAUAUACAUACAGCAACACAGCAGCGAACAAGAGCAAACAAGAUGAACCGAAGAACCGCGAGCGCCCUCUAGGUAGCAUAUUAGUCUAGUCUAGGCCAAAAACCACACCUAUACACCCGGACCCCACACACGCACAUUGCGUCCCCGGCGGCUUCUCCUUCCCUGGCACUAUGAAUGCACUGAAAAAAAGACAGCAAUACACCAGAACCUCAAACCAACUGCAACUAGAACAAGACAGCAACAAACAGUGGACUUAUGAAGGCGUUAGGAAGCGAAGAGAGAUACAUAAUACUUCCAGAGAGAGAGAGAGAAGAUAAGAGAGAGGUAGGGAGAGAAAAAGAGAGAUAGAAAGAGAGAGAGAGAGAGAGAGAUAGAGAGAGAGAGAGAGAGAGAGAGAGAGAGAGAGAAGGUUUACGUCUUACGACUUUAGUAUGAUUUUACAGUUGCGCAGGAUUAACAACAGUUAACUUUAGACCACAAAACAGUAGAGAGGAUCACAUAUAUGAUCGACAUGAUGAGGGAAGUGUUGAACCGUUACUGCCUAUUACUAUUACUACGAAGCGACAGCUUGUGGGCGCGAAUACUUCUAACAAACUAAUAGCACUACCCAACCAGUGCGAAAGUGGUGUGCGACAAGCCUGCUGCUGCUACUGCUGCUGCAGGGGUGUCGCACUCGCUGUAUCAACUCGCUCUUUCUCUCACACACACACAACACUCUCUGUAUCAGUUGUUACCAUUGGAGGCCUCUUCUUUUUGUUGUAUGUAUAAUAUAUAAACAAAAAAGGAGCGAGAGUAGAAACAAACCCCGUUUAAUUAGGCUGGAAUGGCUUUUGUAGGAGUCACUUGGCUUGGUGUGUGGACGUUUUUGGGAUGCAUUUUUUUUUCUAUUGUUUUUUCUUUAUAUAUAUGUGUGUGUGUGUGUGUGUGUGUGUGUUUGGGUGGAUUUGUUCCGGUAAUUGCUACAGCCAUACAGGAUGUGCCGUGAAGGAGGAGGAGGAUGAGGGUGUGAAGAGGUGCGCCGCAAACAAAAGCUGCAAAUUGCAGAAAUUACUAGUAAAGAAGAAGGAGAGAGAAGCAAAUUGCAUAAAUAGAAAAGGAGAGAGGAGCAAAACAUAUGUAUAAGCCAUAUAAGUGUAAGUGGGAAGAAACGGUAAGAAAUAAGAUAAGAAAAUGGAAGAGAAAAGCAAAGCGUGUAAAAACCUAAAUUAGAGAAAGUAAUGCAAAAAUAAAAAAACACACACACAAACAAGAAAACGGAAGAUUUAUUCCAAACGUGGUAGAAACAUUUUGCUAGAAAAAGGUAUAAAAAGAAGAAAAAAAGAACACACACACACACACACACUCACAUCCACUCAUUGCAUUGUGUUCGUUUUUGAAGCUGAAGUAUGUAGAAAAUUGGUAAAAAAAGGAACCACCCCCUCCUAGAACUGAAAAAAAACAGAAGCUAAACAAACAGAAGAAAUACAUAUGUACAGAAGAAAUGCAUACAUAUACAGAAUUACUUAUUAAAACAGAAAACUCUACAUUAAAGUUAGAAACAAUAAGCAGCAGAAAGGGGGUAACAGAGAAGAACACACAGAACCGAGCACAGAGUAGUAAAUAAGUCGUGUAGACUGUAAGGUAUAGUGGGAAUAAGGAUGAGAUGUAGAAUAGAGUAAAUGAAAAAAAGAGAAAAACCCCGGUAAGUGUUUAAGAGAACAAGAAGAAGUAAAAAAGAAAGAAACAGACACACACACAUACAUUUAAAAAGUCCCUUUAAGGUUAGACGGUUAAGGAGAGAAGAAAUGUACGGCAAACCGGUGUAGCAGUAGUAAUAAGGGAUAAAGUAAUCGAUGGGAUAAAGAGAUAAUGUAAAAUGCCAAAAUAAGCUUUACUUGAACGUUAUUUUCCUACUUAGUUUUUAUGGUGUGUAUAUAUAUACACACAUCUACAUAUAAAUGAAAGCAGAAAAUAGAAAAAAAGGAAAGGAAAAAACACAAACACAAACACAGAUAAGUUACAAACCGAUUGUUGGUUUUCCGUUCGUUCCUCUUAUAAUCUUAUAUACAUGUAUGGUAUAAAUAAAAUUUAUGUACAAUAUAUAUAUCACGUCACACAGCAUAUAAGUGCAUACAUAAAUAUAUAUAUUUUUUACAAACAAUUAAAACAAAAAUCGCUAGAAAGAAUGUAUAAGUAAAGCAGCAAAAAAAGAAGAAUGGAAGAGAAACAGAAAAAACAGCUGAAAACAGGCAAAACUCUAACGCUCUCGCAAAUGAAACCAGUAGACAGAGAAAAAUGGAAAAAGAUAUGGUAGGAUAGUUAAAAAAGGAAAAAAAAAGAUAAAAAAAGCAAAAAAACAGAGUACUGUUUAUGUGUUCUUAUUGUUUUCUAAUACAUUUUGUGCUGAUCUUUUCGCUUCCUUUCCAUCUUUCCUUUCUUCGGUUUUGUUCCGUUGCUGCUAGGGGCAGUACUGGCAGAAGAAGAAGGCUUAGAAAGCGGUGAAAAGUGGAGAGAGACUUUCUUUAGCAAAGAUUGAACAGUUUUUCCCUCGUAUAACAAAUCCUUCUACCAACCAAUUGGGCACUAACGCUACUAAUUGAGGAAGAAACUUGGUUACCUGAACUAAUCGGAAUUCAGAUCAACGAAGCAAAGUAGGCGCACAUUGCUAAUAGAAAGAAAACGAAGCAGUAAAAGAAUGAAGAAGCAAAGAAAUAAGGGUAGAAUAGAGAGAAAGAGAGAGACAGAGAUUAUUUUCAUUUUCACCUUGAACUUGCAGGAAAAGCGCGUCGAAAGAAAAGAAAAACCAUAAGGCAACGUGUGUAGUGGAUUUUAGACCAAAAUUAGAGCAGAAACACGGACGAGAGAAGUAGAAAAGUAGAACAACCUGAAAGGAUAGCAAAAACAAAAACAGAAGGAGAAGGAGAAAAAGCAAAACAUCGAUAAUAAUAAAGAAACUUCUAAGAAAAUGACACAAAAAAAAGAAGGGAAAACGAUUAUUAGCAAAUGAGAAAGAAACCAAAAAAAAAAAUAACAAUGGAAAACGGAAACAAGAAAAAAGAAGGAAAAGGCACACAAAUCGAGGAGGAAAAGGAAAGCGCAAACUGCUAAGCGAAAAACACAAAAAAAAUAAACAGCUUUAAAAGUGCUUUUUUUUAAACAAAACGAACACAGUACAUUCGAAAAGAAAUAGGUAUGAAAGGAAGAUUCGUUUUCAAGAUCCGGUUCGGAAGAACAGCAAAAUGGGAAAAUUUGUUUGAAAGUGAAAUGAAGAAGGAAAAAAACAUAAGGAGAAAACAAGCCAGUGUAAAUCUAUAAACUCUAUUGCUAUACUACUACUGUACUAUCUACUAUCUCACUAUUUAACUACUACACUUAAAACGAAGAGAAGAAAAACAAAGUUAAUAACUACCUACUAAUACUACUACUGCGCUACACUCUUUAUAUCCAGUUUGUUUACCUACUCUAUUAUGGUAGUUCAGUUUGUUUUGUUUUUUUUAUAUUACUUCCUAUUACUUUCUUGUUUUUUUUCUACUUUUUUGCAUACUCUUUUCGUUUUUCUAUUGUUUAUAAUAUCUUAAUAAUUACGUUCUUUGUUUUAAUCUUUCUUACUUACUUGUUUUGUGUUAUGUUUUAACAUACUUUCCAUUUUUAAUAGUAAUUUCAAUGCAUUGUUUUCCUCUCUUCCUCUCUGUGACAUACUGGUCAUUGCUAACAAAAUGUAGCUUUUCUCGCUUCCUCGCCCGCGGAUUUUGUUUCCUGUUUGAAGAAAGAUGUGAAAGAGAAAGGUAAACAAAGUAAACUCAACAGUACUCGCAAAACUGGAUGAAAAAUGAUCAUGUGUCUGUUUGUUUAUAUUCAUAGCUCACUUGGACCUACUUUUAUUUGCUCAUUUAAUUACAUAGAAUAAAGAGAUAGAGGAAAAGUAUGUUGUUUUACUUACUUUAUCCAAUUUUCCCUUAUGGAUUUCGCAUUCAAUUGCUUUCAAGUGGCAAUGCUAGAAAUCCCAUUUGAUAAACAAUUUUUUAUUCACAUUUUUGUUUUAAAUAAAAACACUCACAUUGAAGAAGGGGGAAAAAUGGUAUUUUUAAGCGUAAAUUAUCCUUACCCUUCGGAUUCCAAUGCAAUGACCAUCACUGCAAAACCAAACGAGGUAGCAACGGGUAGCAGAAGCAGCAGCAGCAGCAGCAACAGGUUCCCAUUUCCUUCCAGUAUCUUGUAGAGAGAAGAAGAAACAUGUAAAUGACACUGCCUCGUAAACAGCAAGGACUUGUAGUAAAAACGAAACAAAAAAAUACAUAAUAAAACAAAAACAAAAAAAAAAUACCAACAUUGCCGAAUGUUGUCAGCAGAUUGCGUUAGGGGGUUGGAGAAAACUCUCCCCGAAGCGAGAGACAGACACAGGCAUCACGCACGGAACCGAUGAUCCAAAACAUCGAUAAAGUAAUUCAAAGCAUAAGAGAAAAUUUAUAAUAAAACAAAAAGAAAAGUAGGAAAAAGAGAGAUAAAUAAGAGAGAGAGAGAGAGAGAGAGAGAGAGAGAGAGAGAGAGAGAGAGAGAUGGAAACACAAACGUGCUAUUAGUUUGAUCUUUGAAAAAAGCCUAUUGUCCUCUAACCUGCGUGUGUUACCAGCCGUUUCUUUUCCGUUUUCGGAAGCUCCUGAAAGCUCCCCUAUGUUCCUUUGGUGUUUAAGAAAGAGUUAGAACAAUUAACUAAACGAAAACAACGCUUUGUUUCGAUUUCUCUUCUGUAACCCUUCCAUCCCUUGAGGGCAAACCCUGCCAACUGGGAUGUGAGAGUGCAGCGGCAGUGUGUACGGUUUUUGCGGUGUGUGUGUGUGUGUAUGUUGUGUGUGUUUGGCAAAUAAGUCUUCUUACGGUGAGAGUAUGAUGGGCGCCUCGAAUAAGGAAAAGAAAUGCUUUCUAGCCUUAAAACCACUAACACAACAACAACAACCAAAUGAAACAUCAAAAACGGCAACAGAAGUAGUAGUAUUCAUUCAAAACCAACCAUGUCAUUUUACACGCGCGACGCAUGCUGCUAAACAUUAAAUUGCACACUUGUAAGAAAAGGAAAUCAGAAAACAAAGCGAAAAGCGGUUGAUUAGAACGGAGCAAAAGCAAAGAGGCAAAGCAAAACAAAACAAAAAAAAAGAAAUCGUAAAUUUAAAAUAAAAUGCAAAACUUUAAUGCAAUCAUGUAAAAAAACAACAUAAAACCCCCUUAAACAAAACACUACUCAAAUGCACAUAGAGCGCGAAUCGGAAA